GAGACCCGCGGGUCAGUUAGGUAUAGUGAAUUGGAAAUAGGAUCUCCUCGUGUCAUUGGACUCCGCAUCGUCUCUCCGCUCCAUCCCGCAAUCUAUAGGUCAUACCGCCUCCAUCAUCAUGCCUGUGGUCAGACACCGUAAAGUUGUGAUGCUCGGAUACCCCACCGUCGGCAAAUCUUCCCUGGCUUCGCAGUUUGUCAAAGAAGAGUUUCCCAAAGUCUACGAACCCACCAUUGAACACACCUGGAGCAAGACUUUUACUCUGGGAGAAGAUGAAUUUGAACUGGAUGUGUUUGAUACAGCAGGCCUGGAUGAGUACUCCUUGCUUCCACAGGCAUUCGUUUUUGGCAUACAUGGAUACAUUGUAGUUUAUUCCGUGGCUUGUGAAAGAAGCUUCCAGAUCGCAUGUGGUUUGUACCGAGCUCUUGUGGAUAAAAGAGGAAAAUGCCUCAUGCCUAUCGUUCUUGUGGGGAAUAAGAAUGACCUUCCAGCCCAUUGUCGCCAAGUGAGAACAGAAGAUGGCAAGAAGAUGGCUGAUUCCUGGGGUGCAGCUUUCAUGGAAGUAUCUGCUAAAGACCAAGAGAAAAGCAAACUGAUCUUCACUAAAAUCAUUGAGGAAAUUGAUCGCGUGGAGAGAUCUUUCGGCGAUAAGAAAAGAUGUCAAUUUAUGUGAAGUGUGCCAAUCACUGCAGCCAGUGGCUCCUGCACAAUGAGCUAUUGGGCUGCUUUUGGCGUUGUGUCCAAAGGGAUGAAUGUGAAACCACGCACCAAUCAAUGCAGUUCCCUGGAAAGGCAGUGAUAUAUAUGAACAGUGUAUCAAUCUGUCUGCCCAGUCUCCUUUCCCUUUUUGAUAAGCUUGUUAUGAACCAUGUUCUGCCUUAUGUCAUUCUACAGUCCUGUGCUGUGAUCAUGCCCUAAAGCACAAAGACAGCUCUGGCUGCAGCUCCGAUAUGAGGCCUCUACUCCUAAUAGCCACUUUGCACAAAUAGGCAGCAGUAUUACAUUGCUGUAUAUUUUUUUGUUUCCCUUUUCUCUGAACUACUUAAUCUGUUACAUGAUCUAUUUAUGUUUAUGUGUAUUGAAGGGUGGGUUUGAAGCAAAAUAAGCUGUAUUUAUAUAAUUCUUUCACUUUUGUCCUUCUGUAAUCAGAAGUGGUACUUACAGAUUAUUUACUGUGAAUGGGGAUCUAUCCCCUAUAUCUAGUGGUGAUUGUAUUGCCCUGGAAAUGCUGCAGUUUCUCUUAACUCAUUUUAAAGCCUAACCCCAGACCAUUUAUUUUCAUUGUUUUUUUUUUUUUUUUUUUUGAUGGCAGGCAUUUUAAAGUUUUUCUCUUCAGUCCACAUGAAGGGUAUUGGACAGAAUAAUGAGCAGAAAUGUAUUUAAAGCAACUGUGUCAGACAGCAUUCGAAUCUCCAGUUUAAUUUGGCCAAAUGCAUUCCAAGUGCUUCAGAGUAGGUAUUCAAAGUCUUAUAGGACUAUAGUUCUGUGCAGAAGCAGUGGUCUCUCUGCAGAGUAACAAAGAGGCCACUACUUCUUAACCUAGUCCUCUACAGUUCUGGCAGGGACAAACUUUUCUGCUUGUACUGUGACUGCUUUCUAAAGAGAAUUUUAACAGUAAGACUUGUUUGGCAUCUAUUUAUUGGACUUGGAAUGUAUUUGGCCAGUUUUUAAAUUGAGAGUUUAGUUGGGCUUUAACCUGUCAAUCCCCUCCAUUGGCGCACAGAACAUAAAAACUUGAUCUAAUCAAACACAUCCACUCUAUCCAAACAAAAUCUUUGGCUGGUGUUGGGCUUUAAUAGGGUAGGUGGGGUGACCCAUUGUUUACAGCUUCAGCACUAGGAGGUUUGUGUUAGAUUCACAUCUCUGUAAUGCUGAGUAUAUUCAUUUAUAUUAUAAUUGCAAUGCCUUGGAAAAUACUUGAUUUGCAUGUAAAUGUGCCUUUAUUGUAGUGGCCGCUAACUGUGUGGUCUGUGAGACCAAUCCAACCCAAGCAGGGUAAAAUGUAACUUUUUUUAUUUUUAUUCUUUGUGUGAAAUUUGAUGCACAACUGUUUAUACGGGUUUCAUUUUGUUUGUAAAGUUGUGCUAUUUACUGAAAUGUUGUUUUUAUUUUUUUGUCUUGUGGAAAACCAAAUAAAAAUGUUUUUGCUCUAA